AAUAUUUCUAUCAAAAACGAUUUUAAUCAUUUUUAAAACGAGCUCCCACCGUUCAAAUAUCGCCUUUCCUUCCGGAGUCCGCAGAAACAUCCAUGACUCGACUGUUGCAGAAGGUACCAUUAGCAUCUGUGUUUCAAAGCUUCACUGGAACUCAUGGACGUUCUGGUAGCCGAGUGUUUGAGAUGGUUCGGAACAAUGUCGUUGUGGGAUUGUCAUCCGGUAGAAAAUCAGUUUCUGGAUUUAGAACUUUUUGCACUGGCAAAGAUUUGUCAAUAAAGAAGUGUGUGUCUUGCGACUCAAAGGAUAUGCGACCCAUGACUGAACAAGCAGCAAAUGAAUUAAUCACAAAGGUGGACGGAUGGAAUUUGGUGCGUGAAGGUGAUGCCUUGAGACUGAAACGGUCAUGGAAAGUUAAGACCUUCAUGAAAGGACUUGAAAUGUUUAAGCUCGUAGCUGAUCUUGCAGAAGCAGAAGGUCAUCAUCCAGAUCUUCAUCUAGUUGGAUGGAACAAUGUAACAGUCGAGAUAUGGACACAUGCAGUUGGUGGAUUGACCGAGAAUGACUUCAUACUUGCUGCUAAGAUCAAUGGAAUCAGCAUGCAACACCUACUGAGGCGGAAAGCUACCAAUUGAGCCCUCAGAGCUGUGUGAGAAAAUGUUUCCAUGGAACGACAUGUUUUCGGCUUUUGUUUGGCAUCGUCUUCGGUUUGAAGUGAUGCAUUGUAGGAGAUUACCUGGUUUGAUACUGUUUUCGUUUUUCUUUUAGCAAGCGUGCCUGAAGGCAGAUACUUGAAGGUACUGUUUUCUUUGUGCUGUGGUGAUAGAGUUAGAGAUUUCGCAUUCCAACUUUUUAAUUUUGGUUUUAUAAUUUUGCAAGUUAUUAUAGCUGGGCUGUUUUACCAA